CAUGUAAUUGCUGUCACUGAUGACAUUCGCUUGGUAAUAAAAAUCGAAAAUGUUUGGAGAAAAGUUAACAGAACUUUUUAUGCUGUUGUUUUGUGAAAAAAAUUCCGAUGGUACAAGGGUUUUGCGCCUAAAGGGUAGAGAUCUGUUUCAAAGAACCGGAAAACGUAUUGGAGAUGGAGACAUGUACAAUAUCACUCAAUUUUUGCGUAAAUAUCCGGAAGUGAUCAAACUGGAUUUGUGUUACAACGAAAUUGGCGAUGACGGAAUGCACGUCUUUGUAGAAGAGUAUUUAUCCUUCGAAAACAAUUUGUUGCAUUUGAAUUUAGUCGGAAACAAUAUCGGAUACGUGGGAGUUGCUCGCAUUUGUUGUAUGGCCUCGACUUUAAAGCUGAAAAGUUUAAGAUUAGGGGGAAAUAAAAUUGGCGGACAGGGUGGCAUGUACGUUUCAAAAAUGUUAGAAAAAACCAGCAGUUUGGAAUACGUCGACUUGGGCGAUACCGACAUGAAUUUAGGAGGAUUCAUGCACAUUAUGGGAGUUAUUCGUCACGACAGAGGCGUAAACAAGACACUUAGAAUAAUAGAUUUUUCUCGAUUAAUAUGCACCUGCAAAAGUUAUCAGUUAGAUUCAGCACAUCUAGCCGAAAAUUUGGGCGACAUGCUAAAAGUAACCCCUACACUUCUCGAACUUCACGCACAAAAAAACGAAUUAGAUGGACACGAUAUAGAACUAAUGUUGAUCGGAAUGAGCAAAAAUAAUACGCUUUUGCUGUUAGACAUUGGGUUCAAUCGAUUCGGAGACCACGGAAUAGAAUUGUUAGCUAAUUGGUUGAAAGAAAAACCGGCGCUUGUCGGAUUAAAUGUUGCAGGAAGCGGAAUUAAGAAUACGGGAGCCAGAGCCCUGAGUUUCGGACUGCCGUUUUCAAAAGUAAAACUGCUGGACAUAACUUUUAACAAAAUAGAAAAUCGUGGCAUGUUGGACAUUCUGAACUCUAUUAAGAAACCUUACCCGAUGCGUUUGUUUUAUAUUUGGGGCAAUCCUAUAUCAGAGCCGUCUCUAAAGAUAAUCCAGAGAAUGUUAAGAUCCGGCGUGCUUAUUCAAGAUUAUAUGGAUAUCAGGUUGUACACCGUCGAUGGGGUUAUUUAUCACGCCUUUCAUCCGGUUGACCACUUCAAGCAAAAAUAUUACUGUGUAAUGGAUCACGGGUGUCCGGUAUUUCUUAAAAUACGUAGGAAUAUAAUAGAAGACCCGUACGCUCAACCAAGGGCUUUGAUUAAGUUCAAACAUUACCCCAGAAUUCCAGGCGCUAAUUUUAAUUUGUCCCCAAAGCCUCCUAUCUGCGAUCCCAAGUCACCUUCAACUUGUCUUUAGUGAAAAAGUAUGCAUACGUAUGUAGUAGAUGUUGUUAUAAUUAACUGAUUUUAAUAAAAAUUUUGUAGUUGUAGAAUAAGUA